GGGAGAUAACAAGGCCUGGCUUAGACCCAGCGUCUGUCUCAUACCACCAUGGAGGAAAACGAUGAAACACAACGUCGAAUCAAUAAUUCCAAAUUAUUUAUUGAGAUUCCUGAUUACAAAUGGCCUAUCAUAUACUCAUCUCAUUACAACAUCAGCUUUAUGUACUUUGAAAAAUUACACCCUUUCGAUGCUGGAAAAUGGGGUAAAAUACACAAAUUUCUUAAAGAUGAAAAGUUCCUUCAAGAUGACACCACUGUGGAACCAAUAGAAGCUUCAGAAGAUGACUUAUUGGUAAUCCACCCACAGAAAUAUCUCAAGUCUUUAAAGCUUCACACCAUUUUGGAAGGACUUAUUGAGACUGGAUUAAAUGUUGCAAGAAUUGUUGAAAUUCCACCUGUGGCCAUUAUGCCAAACUUCUUAGUACAGCGCUAUGUUCUUCAGCCAUUCAGGUAUCAGACAGGUGGCACUAUUCUGGCUGGUGAACUUGCUCUUAAGCGUGGCUGGUCAAUAAAUCUCGGAGGUGGAUUCCAUCACUGUUCAGCCAAGAAAGGGGGUGGAUUUUGUGCUUACGCUGAUAUUACACUUACAAUGAAAUUCAUGAGAGACAGACAUAAGAUUAGAAAAAUAUUAAUUGUAGACCUUGAUGCUCAUCAGGGCAAUGGAUACCAGAGAGAUGUACUUGAAGCUGAUGACAAUGAUGUCUAUAUCUUGGAUAUUUACAACAGAAAGAUCUAUCCAUUUGAUGGCUAUGCUAAAAAAGCCAUCAAGAGAAAAGUAGAACUUGAACCUUUCACGGCCGAUGAAGAAUAUCUUAAUUCUGUUUCAGUAAAUGUCCAUGGAGCCUUAAAUGAGUUUGCUGCAGAUGUUGUUAUUUAUAAUGCGGGGACUGACAUUUUAGAUGGAGAUCCUCUCGGAAAUCUUGCCAUCUCUCCAGCGGGAGUAAUUAAACGAGAUUACAUUGUAUUUGAAGCUGUGAGAUCACGUAACAUUCCUAUAAUUAUGUUAACAAGUGGUGGCUACAUGAGAAACAAUGCACGUAUAAUUGCUAAUUCUAUUCUGAAUCUACAUCAAAACCAACUCAUUGACUGUAAGGAAGCAAGGCAUCACCAAGCACUUGAAACUCCCUCUAUGCCUCCGCCUGAUCAAGUUCCACGAAGUCGCAGUGAAAGUUUCAUUUCCAGAUUUUUUUGUACAGAGCCCAAAAAAAGUCCUUCUAUGGAAUCUCACAUAGACCAAUCAAAAUCCUAACACAAAAGACUUCAAUCAGCUAAACCCUUUAAAUAUAUAUUAAAUUAUUCACAUCUCUGAGAACCCCAAAUCCUUGGGGUUCAUAUUUCUGAACAAUUCUUGUACAGAUUUCAACUUCUUGGCUAUAGCGCUGCUGAAGCACCAUCAUCAACACUCUUAAAUACCAAUAUACUGAAAAUGAUUUGGUAUCGAACAUUGCUACAUAAUAUAUUUGUUGUUUAUCCUAAAGCAUAAAACUGUGAUAUUUAUAAAAUAAAAAUUUCAAACCUAUAACUUCUAACAUUAUCUUAAAGGCGCAGAAAAAAAAGAAAAACCCAAACAUGACUACUGAUGUGAACUGUUCAAAGACUUAAAAGCAUAACAAAUUGCAAAGGAUUUUAAACUAACAGGAAUCUCAUUUUAUCUCCCACUAUCACUUUACACUCAUCAUGAUAAUCAACAGAAGUAUGCUUUUCAAAUUUUAGGAUUUAUAACAUAAGCAAAUACUUCUCAAAUGGACUAACAUGGCUGGUAUAUUUUGGCUUGUCUUUUCCCCUUUUUUUUCUUAGUUAAAAAUUUUAAGGAAUUUGACUAAGGGACAAAAAUCCAAGCUGCAUAUUAUAAAUAAUGUUGGCAAAACAGCUCUUAUUGAAUCAUUUCAAACAUGCUAUGUCAUGGUAUUAAAACUGUCAGCUACAAAAGGAAGGAUUGCAUGAUUACAAACUUCUGAUAUUUCACUGAAUUACAAUUACAUUGAAAACAACAGGACAAACAAAAUAUCGCUUGUAAAUUAAAUUUUAUAUUCUCUUUGUGUCCAAUUUAAAAAUAGCUGAUCGAAGAAAGAUCUUUUGAUCUGUUGCAUCUUCAUUAUAACAUUAAAUUUUCUUCCAUGCUCCUUUCAAAAGGAACAAAAUAUAAUUAAAAAAAAGUUAUUAAGAUUCAAUCCACCAGUUAUACCAGUUUUGCUUCCAUUUAUCACGGUGCUUUUAUUACCAACUUCAUUGAUUUUUUUUUUUUUUUUUUUUUUUUUUGUGAUAAAUUAGAAACUGGUUGCUGCUUAGAAAUGAUCAUAAAACCUACAGCAGUUGUUGAUGCAUAGAGAUGAGAACUUGUGAAAUAAUUAAGAAGUUGAUUAUGAAACACUGAAUAAGAUUAAAAGAAAGUUACUGAACAUAAGAAACAUUGCCCAAUAUAUAAAAUAUUGUUUAUUACACUGUAUAUACACUUGUUUAACCCUAGGUCAAUUUCCAUUGAGGAGACCAAUGACAAAAGUCAUUCCAGCUGUAAACAUCCUGUCUUAACUUCAUACAGUGUAUUUGUGGCUACAUUACUAUUUUACAAAAAGAUAAGUUUUCCUGGCAGAUACUGUAUUAUCUCUCAAAUUGGUUUAGAUGCUGGUUAUCCACAACGGUCCAUUAUAUAGUACUCUAUUCAUUAUCAACAUUAUUUUACAAAAAGUUAAAACACAUUUGAUAAAGUGUGCUUUGAGGGGAAUUUGGCUUCUAUUUCUAGCUCACUGAACAAAUGUGGAGAAGUGCAAUCAUUGGCUUGGAGUGGAUGACAACUAGUUUUUAUUUUUCACCCCCCCAUACACUCUGGUGCCCAGUCCAUACUGUUGCAAUCGUUUUGACCAGUGCAUGCCUUUAUCUAGCAUCUUCUCUGCUUUGUGCUUCUUUGUUUUCUCAGACACCCCUGCGGCUAACACAAAGGGAGGCUGCCCAUCAGCUGAUUCAUAAUGUCCUAUCUUUUCUCACCAGUUAUUAAAUUCUAAAAUGCUCAGUCAAAGGCCCUCGACUUUUACCUAGACUGCUUAUAGUCUAGAAGGUUAAAGGAUCAUGUUCAAUCUGCUGUACAGUUCUCCCUUUUAUGUUGCAAAGUCCAUGGAUUAAGUCUUCUACCAAAGAACAGGAGCUCAUCCCUCAGUGGGUUUUCAUAUUGUUUCCAUCUACCAAAUUUCACUCACAAAGCUUUUAACUCUGGGCUCCAGUAGAAGACUAGCCCAAAGUGCCAUGCAGUAGAUUCAAAGUUACAAAGUCAUAUCUUAUUCUUCAAUGAGAAACGACUACUGUCUUCACCUCUUCUCCAUUGUCUAGGCUACACUAUCUUUGUUCUCAAUAACAAUCUAUGUAGAAAUGACUUCUAAGCUAAAAAUCUUUCAUUGUCUGUGUUGCAUAGUGAAACAAUACCCCUCCCAGUAAAAAGUGGUUCCUACCAGCCAUUAUAAAAAGACCAGUAGCCAACAGUUCUAAUUAGUGUCUUGUGGAAUUAUUAAUGAUAGUAAGACAAGUGUUGAUCAACACCACAUCUGAUCCAGAAAUUGAAACCACAACCUCACAAUCAUGAGGGCAAUGUCCUAACCUACAGGCUAUGUGCUAUCACAUUAAGAAAUUAUAGCAGAAAUAUACAAAAUCCUCAGCUUGAAAGUCAAUCACCAGAAACUGUUAAGAUUGUCCAUUUUAUUAGUUUCACAAAUUAAAUGUUUUGAUUUUUGUUUUCUAACAAGAUCAAAUUAAAUAAGUUUAAAAGAAAUGAAAAAACAAAGCUACAUUCAUUUAAAUGCUUUAAUGAUUUCAUGUGUAUUUACAGAAGAUGGUAUGAUGAAAAAAAAAAAAAAAAAACCUGCUCGAAAAUUUUACAACCAAGACUCAAGACUUCACUCUUUUUGUUAAGCAUCACUAUUUUAUAAUUGUUUUCUUGAAAAAUUAAAUGUAAAAAUGUUAUAAAUUAGAUACAUUUCAGAUGUCCUUAAAUAUCAAAAUGUACUGAAACGGACAGUAUCAAAAGAAGCUAACUAUAUGUAUAAUGUUAAGCAUGAACUUGGGAUAUGGAAUGAAAGGAGAAAUGACCAAGUUUUAAAAAAAAAAA